AUGCCGCGAACGCUGCUGAUCGAUAACUACGACUCGUACGUCGACGUGCUCGCGCACGUCAUCGCCGGCGUCGAGGGCGUGGCGCCGAUAGUGGUGAAGAAUGAUGACUUCGCCGGCGUCGAGGCGCUGCGGAACGCGCGCGCGUUCUCGAGGGUGGUGAUCGGGCCCGGACCGGGGACGCCGACCAAGGAUGAAGACUUAGGCGUCUCGGUCGAGCUCUUGGGGGGUGAAAAUGGAGAUGGGAAGGGGUGCGAGUGGGCGAUUUUGGGGGUGUGUUUGGGACACCAGGCGCUCGUCGCGCGGAGCGGCGGAACGUGCGUCAAGAAUCCAAAAGGGCCGGCGCACGGGAGAGUGGUGGGCGUGAAACAUGAUUUUAAGUGUAUUUUAUUCGAUGGCGUGCCGAGCGGUGGCGAAAAUGGGUUCGUGGUGACGCGGUAUCAUUCGUUGGCGACGACGGCGUGCGGCGCGGAGUUUGUCGAACGCGCGUGGGCGGAGGACGACGGUACGGUGAUGGCGAUCGAACACGUCGAACUCCCGCGGUUUGGGGUGCAAUUCCAUCCGGAGAGCGUGUGCACGGCGUUCGGGGAGGUUAUGAUUAGGAAUUUUUUGCGCGCGUGCGAAAACGCUGGGUUCGGGAACGCGGCGCUCGGCGUACCGCGCGCGCUCGGCGACGCGGACGUCUCGGAUGAGGGUGCGAUGCGAGCGGUGCCGGUAACCACGUCGACGGUACGACUGGUUCACGAUGUCGUGAACGUGCGCGAGCGUGGGGUUUCAUCCGAGGACGUGUUCUGGUCCGUGUUCGGCGGAGACGACGGAACGGAUUGCUUUUGGCUGGACACCGCGGACGAGUCAAAGGGACGAUUCAGUUUCAUGGGUGGUCGCGGUGGUAAGAUGUGGCGACGGGCUACGUUUAAACUCGCACACGCACCCGAGUGCAGAGAUCACACCGCGGGAGAUGAGAAGGUUCGAUGGCGCGUUGGAGGCGUAUCGUGCGCCAGGCGCGCGCCCGGGACGCUAACAAUCGAGGACGCGAGCGGCACGAAGACGACGUCGACGCUCGAGCGUGGGUUCGUUCAGUGGCUCGACGACGAGCUUCGUCGACGUGAUGUUUCCAAAGCCGACGCCUCGGCGCUUCCGUUCGAUCUACACGGUGGAUUCGUGGGAUAUCUCGGGUACGAGAUGCGCGACGAGUGCGAUUCACUCCCGCCGACGAAAGAUUCGCCGCUCCCGGACGCGGCGAUGUUUCUCACCGAUAGAUUCAUCGCUUUUGAUCAUCUCACCGGUGAUGCGUAUAUUGUUGGUCUCUAUGACGAGAGCGAUGGCGAAGGAGAGCGACUCGAUGCCGAGGCGUGGAUCGUGUUGAAGAAAAGCUCGAUCGAGUCGCUCGAGCCAACUUCUGUUCGUGCAAUGAGCGAUGCAUUUGCGAGCGCUUCCUCCGCGGAACUCCUCGAGAAGACGGGAUUCUCGUGGCGACGAACGAGAGAUGAAUACAUUUCUGACAUAGAGGCGAGCCAAGAGGCGAUCGUGAACGGAGACACGUACGAGGUGUGUCUGACAAAUAUGUUGCAUCGAUCGCGAUCGACGCCCGGGGAUCGAGCCGACGCGCUUCGCGAGCUUUACUCCGAACUUCGACGAAGCAACGCCGCGCCGUACGCCUCUUACUUAUCGUUCACGAUUGACGAAAAUUCACCCCCGCUCACGGUGCUGUGCUGCUCCCCCGAGCGCUUCUUGAGACACACCCAAGACGGCGCGCUCGAGGCCAAGCCGAUCAAGGGCACGACGGCGCGGGCGCAUCCGCUCGGCGGCGACGCCGAUCGCGCCGCCGCCACCUGGCUCGAGAACAACGCGAAAGAUCGCGCCGAAAAUUUGAUGAUAGUCGAUUUACUUCGAAAUGACCUCGCGCGCGUGAGCGACGUCGGGUCGGUGGAGGUUCCAGGGUUGAUGAAGAUCGAGUCAUACGCCACGGUGCAUCAACUCGUGAGCACGGUACGGUCGCGACGCCGCUCGGACGUGAGCCAGAUGGACGUCGUGCGGUCGACCUAUCCCGGUGGAAGCAUGACCGGAGCGCCGAAGAUUCGCACGAUGGAGAUCAUCGACGCUCUGGAAACGGGACCGAGGAUGGUGUACAGCGGAUCCAUUGGUUUCUUUUCCUUCUCGAGCGCGUUUGACCUGAACAUCGUCAUUCGAAGCGUCGUCGCGCGAGGCGACGACCGGUGGAUCGGCGCCGGUGGCGCGAUCACAAUCUUGUCCGAUCCCGAAGAAGAGUGGAGAGAGAUCGAAUUGAAGUCCGCCGCGCUCCUGCGCGCCGUUGCGCGCGUGGAGACGAAGCAUUAG